UAGGCGAGGAACAUGGCGGAUAGUAUGGGCGCCCUGUAGUCGCGUGAGGAGAGGAGGGGUGACGCUCGAGAGAUAGAAAGUGAAACGAGAAGGAAGGAGAAGCACACGCUCCAGAUGGCGUUCAUGUCCCGGUUCUCCCGGUCCCGGAGCAGCUCGAGAUCUCCCAACAGGAAAGAUUCGGAGCGCGGGUCCCCGGUGCUAACAGUGUCUGAGCUGGAACGGCUCCUCUACACUGGGAAAACAGCGUGUAACCAUGCCGACGAAGUCUGGCCCAUGCUCUACAUUGGAGACCAAGAAAUUGCAUCAGACCGGCGUGAGCUGGCACGACUUGGCAUCACCCACAUCCUGAACUGUGCCCAGAGUAAGUGGCGCGGCGGAGCAGAGUACUACGCUGGCAUGGACAUCACCUACCAGGGCAUCGAGGCCCACGACACGCCCUCCUUCGACAUGAGUGUCAACUUCUACCCCGCUGCAGAGUUCAUACACAGAGCCCUCAGCAGCGGUGGUAAGGUGCUGGUGCACUGUGCGGUGGGUGUGAGUCGUUCGGCCACGCUGGUCCUGGCCUACCUGAUGAUCCGUCAGAACCUGACCCUGGUGGAGGCCAUCAAGGCAGUGAAGAACCACCGUGGCGUAAUCCCCAACCGGGGCUUCCUACGCCAGCUCAACGGCCUGGACGGCAUCCUCCGGGACAGCCGCAAGGCUCUACACUCUCCAACCUCUCUUUAGAGCUAACAGGCUAACACCGCUAAAGACACUACUUUAGAGUUGUAACAAUGCUAACCGUUCUACCGUUCUGGUUAACCAGGAUAAACAAUUUUGUUAACCAGAAAAAUACAUCAGCAACGGGUGUGUCAUUGUCUUGCCCAUGUCUUGAUCUCGUCAUGAAAAAGGCGUCUUUACCUGGUUGAAACAGAGACCAAUUGGUCGGAAUCUGGUUUUAUGACAUCUUCAGUUUACAACCAGAAAUGGAUGUAAUUCAAACGUCAUGCGGAAUUUUUUUCCUGCUGUGUGGUAGUGUGACAAUAGUUGUCUGUUUCCCUUUUUAUCUUUGGAUAAAAGCGCCUGCAAAAAAAAAUCUAAAUUACAGUUAGUUUCUAACCCUGGGUCUUGACUAACAGUCCCAGGUAUUGUGGUCAAUUAUACAGUACUAACUAUAUGGUAGAAUUAAGUAUCAAUGGGAUAUAAAUCAUGCCUUAUAUAGAAGUAACUUCAGCCUAUACAGUGCAGUAGAGACAUUUUGAUGACAUGUACAAUCAUAUCAUUCCCAAAUGGCCAUUCCAAGACAUUUAAAUGUUUCCCCUUAAACCACUCGAGUGUUGCUUUAGCAGUAUGCUUAGGAUCAUUGUC